UCUCUCGCCUUCUUAUACCCAUCAGACCGAAUCCAACUCCCGAGCGUGCGUUCUGCGACAUGGCGGCGACGAAGAUGGACAGCGGCGGCAGCGGCAAGCUCUCCGGCACCUACUCCCUGGAGUACGCCUGCGCGAGGCGGCUCCGCCACAGGCUGCUCCUCUCCUACCUCUCCCAACAAGGCCUCCACCCGACCUUCCAAUCGAUGAUCCAGCAGACGGACGCGCACCUGAGCGCGGAUCAUCUGCGGGAGCUCGUGGCGCGGGGCCGGUGGGGCGAAGCCACGGACUACCUCGGCCGCUUCAACCGGCGCAGGAGCCUCGAGUCGCAAGCCCUCUACCUCUUCCUCCACACGCUCAGCGCCCUGGAUGUCGUCGCCGCCGCCGUCCCGCUCGACUCGUACCACCACGGCAUCACCGUGUCCGCCUUCAUCAGCAGCUGCCCCGAACUCUGCUACCUCGUCAAGGACAUGCUCAGCUCACCGCGACGAUGUGCGUCCCUGGACUGGAAACUCGUGUGUAGCAAUGCAUCGCUGAUUGCGUAUGACUUGGCUCACGAGUCUCCGGACUUGACACGCCUGAUCCAACUGCCGGGCGGUGCCCAAGUGCUCCCACACAACGUGCUUCCCAUCUGUCCUCGUCGAAGGCGUCACGUGAGACGAUCGGCCGGGCACCCACCAGGACUUACCAUUGCCAAGCUCUAUCUCGACAAGAGGACAAGUCUGUAUUCCUCAAACCCAUGUACUGGGGCAAGUUUUAUCGAUGAGUCACUGGAUUGGGCGGCACGUUAUCUUGGGAUAUGUUUAAGAGCUGGUAGACGUCAGGAGCUUCAGCAAGGGCCCCCACUUCAGUCAUUUGGGAAGCAAUCGCCUGCAAGCAUUGCUUCCGGCGACAUGACGGCGAUGAAGAUGGACGGCGGCGGCAGCGGCAGCGGCAAGCUCUCCGGACCCGUGGAGUACGCCUGCACGAGGCGGCUGCGGCACAGGCUGGUCCUCUCCUACCUCUCCCAACAAGGCCUCCAACCCACCUUCCAAUCGAUGGUCCAGCAGACGGACGCGCACCUGUGCUUGAAGCAUCUGCAGCAGCUCGUGGCCCGGGGCCUGUUGAACGAAGCCGUGUGCUACAUCUGCCGCUUCCUGCCGUCCGGCACCUGCAAGGCCAUCGAGGACCGGCCCCUCCUCCUCUUCCUCUACGCACUCUGGACCUUCGCCAACAUCGCUGCCAGCGCAAGCCAUGCCGCCGUGGCGCCCGACAUGCACCGCAAUGACUUGGCCCUUUUUUUGACCGUCUGCCGCAACUUGAAGCUCUGCACCAUUGUCAUCCGCCUCCUUAAGUUGCCUCAAUUCAGGGCCAGCCUGAACUGGGGCGUGAUAAGCAACAAGGCAUCGUUCAUUGCUUGUGACUUGGCUCGUGAGUCUCCAGAGUUGAGCCACUGGGUGGUACUGCCUAGUGACCCAGCCUCCUUGCACGACGUGCUUCCCAUUUGUCCCCGUCAAAAGAGCUAUGUGAAAGGGCCACCCAGGCGCCCACCGGCACGUACUAUAACCAAGCUCUAUCUCAACAAGAGGAGGAGCGUGUCUUCUUCAAGCCUUCAACCUGGAUUUGCCACCAAUUCACUGAACCAGGUGGCGGAUCUUAUCAUGAAAUGUUUCAAUAUUGGUGAAUCUCUGGAGUUUCUUCAAUCAAGUAAGAAGGAAGAUGCUCCUGGUGCUCCACUCUCGCAGACCAUGUUUGAUACCUUGACAGAUCCUGCUAAGACCAUUGGCACCUCAUCAGUGAAAAAUGCAGGUGCUCCAGUCUCACUCCCUGCUAAAACCUCUGGAAUCUUAUCAGGAACAUAUGCAGGUACAACUGACACCAUCCAGGAUGUCAUUCUGAGAAAGAAUCCUAGGACAGAACUGUCAACUGUUCGGGAAGAUCCAGACCCAAAAAGGCAACGGAUAUGCGUCAAACUGGUAUCGGUGCACAGACCUGAAGCUGAAGUUCACAGAAUGAACUUGAUGGCGUAACUAAGUGGUGACCGGCUUACUGGUGCUCCGUGAAGUGUUGGAGGAUACUAUUAGCUGGAGUAUAUCAUUGUUAGUGUCAAAUUUAUGGGUGCCUAAAGCAACUUAGGUGUAGACGGACUGUCAAAACUGAUAUCUUAGCGGCAAGUAGGCAACUUUGGUGACAUGGAUCCCAUGCAGGAGGUUUCGGUUCAAUUUAGAUGCUUUUGUUUUUUGAAUCUGCAAGGUGUUGCUGUAGCAAGUCUUUUCUUUGUCGGUCUGUUGCUGUCUCUCUGUGGGGUGGGCUAGCCGUAGCUUUGGAGCUUGGGGGUAGUAGCCAAGUUAAGGGGUGGGCUGGAUCUUCCAGCAGCCUUGAUUUCUACUGUGUUCUUUUCUUUUUCUUUCAACUCUUGUAGUUAUGGCUUCUGUUAAUGGAAAUCCAUGGACACCCUUGUUUAAAAA